AUGCUGAAGAUGCUGUCCUUUAAGCUGCUGCUGUUGGCCGUGGCUCUGGGCUUCUUUGAAGGAGAUGCUAAGUUUGGGGAAAGAAGUGAAGGGAGCGGAGUAAGGAGGAGAAGGUGCCUGAAUGGGAACCCCCCGAAGCGCCUGAAAAGGAGAGAUAGGCGGUUGAUGUCCCAGCUGGAACUGCUGAGUGGGGGAGAGAUGCUGUGUGGUGGCUUCUACCCUCGACUGUCCUGCUGCUUGCGGAGUGACAGCCCCGGGCUGGGGCGCCUGGACAGCAAGAUAUUUUCUGUUACCAACAACACAGAAUGCGGGAAGUUACUGGAGGAAAUCAAGUGUGCCCUUUGCUCUCCACAUUCUCAGAGCCUGUUCUACUCACCUGAGAGAGAAGCCUUGGAAAGAGAUCUGGCACUUCCCUUGCUCUGCAAAGACUAUUGCAAAGAAUUCUUUUAUACUUGCCGAGGCCAUAUUCCAGGUUUACUUCAAACUACUGCUGAUGAGUUUUGCUUUUACUAUGCAAGAAAAGAUGGUGGCUUGUGCUUUCCUGAUUUUCCAAGAAAACAAAUCAGAGGACCAGCCUCUAACUACUUGGACCAGAUGGAAGAAUAUGACAAAGUGGAAGAGAUCAGCAGAAAGCACAAACACAACUGCUUCUGUAUCCAGGAGGUUGUGAGUGGGCUGCGCCAGCCUGUCAGCGCCCUGCAUAGUGGGGAUGGCUCCCACCGCCUCUUCAUUCUGGAAAAAGAAGGUUAUGUGAAGAUACUUACCCCCGAAGGAGAAAUUCUCAAGGAGCCUUAUUUGGACAUUCACAAACUUGUUCAGAGUGGAAUAAAGGGAGGAGAUGAAAGAGGACUGCUAAGCCUUGCAUUCCAUCCCAAUUACAAGAAAAAUGGAAAGCUAUAUGUGUCUUAUACCACCAACCAAGAACGGUGGGCUAUGGGGCCUCAUGAUCAUAUUCUUAGAGUUGUGGAAUACACAGUAUCCAGGAAAAACCCCCAUCAAGUUGAUCUACGAACGGCCAGAGUAUUUCUUGAAGUCGCUGAACUUCAUAGAAAGCACCUGGGAGGACAGUUGCUCUUCGGUCCUGACGGCUUUCUGUACAUCAUCCUCGGUGAUGGGAUGAUCACGUUGGAUGAUAUGGAAGAAAUGGACGGAUUAAGCGACUUCACAGGUUCCGUGCUCCGGCUGGACGUGGAUACUGACAUGUGCCACGUGCCUUAUUCCAUACCCAGGAGCAACCCGCAUUUCAACAGCACCAACCAGCCCCCAGAAGUGUUUGCCCACGGCCUCCAUGAUCCAGGCAGAUGCGCUGUGGAUCGACACCCCACUGAUAUAAACAUCAAUUUAACAAUACUUUGUUCAGACUCCAAUGGAAAGAACAGAUCAUCGGCCAGAAUCCUACAGAUCAUAAAGGGGAAAGAUUAUGAAAGUGAGCCAUCACUUUUAGAAUUCAAGCCAUUCAGUAAUGGUCCUUUGGUUGGUGGAUUUGUUUACCGAGGCUGCCAGUCAGAAAGACUCUAUGGGAGCUACGUGUUUGCAGAUCGUAAUGGGAAUUUCUUAACCCUCCAGCAAAGUCCUAUGAGCAAGCAAUGGCAAGAAAAACCACUCUGUCUUGGCAACGGUGGUUCCUGUAGAGGUUACUUUUCAGGUCACAUUUUGGGAUUUGGAGAAGACGAAUUAGGUGAAGUUUACAUUCUAUCAAGUAGUAAAAGUAUGACCCAGACUCACAAUGGAAAACUCUACAAAAUUAUCGAUCCCAAAAGACCUCUGAUGCCUGAGGAAUGCAGGGCCGUGGUCCAGCCCGCCCAGACCCUGACAUCCGAGUGCUCCCGGCUCUGUCGGAAUGGCUACUGCACCCCUACGGGAACGUGCUGCUGCAGUCCCGGCUGGGAAGGGGACUUCUGCAGAGUCGCGAAAUGUGAGCCAGCGUGUUGCCACGGUGGUGUCUGUGUUAGACCCAACAAGUGCCUCUGUAAAAAAGGAUAUCUUGGUCCUCAAUGUGAACAAGUGGACAGAAACCUCCGCAGAGUGACCAGGGCAGACAUCACCUAGAUGAAACACCUUUACCCUGUCCUGUAAAAUACUAAAGUUACAUUUUUCACCAACUUAAUUGGAAAGAAGGGGAGUGAGAAAGCAAACAGUCUUUAAUGUGCUGUGGAUCUAAUCUAGCAAUGUAUCCUUGUGCCAACAUGUAAUCAUUAACGACGGAUGAAAAAGCAAGAAAACAGCCACUCAUUAUAAAAUUCCAGCAUUAAACAUUCGUAAAAUGCUUUUCACCGUAGCAAGCCCAUCAGAGUAUAUGUGAUUAGAAUGUUGUGGGUUUCACACUGAGUCGAACCUCACUGGAAAAAGAGUUCACUCGUUUUGAACAAAUCUUGCCUAUGUAAGCUGUCACAUGUACGAAUUUUUAAUAUGCUCAUUCUUGCCAAAUAUGACUUUUAAUGUGUACAUUCCUUCAGAACUCAAUGAAAAUCCUCUCUGGUUCAUGUAUGAAUAAAUUUCCUGUAAAUGUUCUUUUGGGUUUUUCAAGAAAAGACAUGUUCUAACUUAAACUGCAGAAACUCAGGUAGACUCUUCUCUUCGUGGUUUUUGAAGUCAGCCUGCCAUGUUUGGAUUAUAAAGAGUUAUCAGGGCAUUUUGCACCACUGAAGGAACAUCGACUCAUGAUGCGUGGACCCCCGCUUUCGGUUGCCCUUCUUUAACAUCUGUCCCUCCAGAGUCUAAAUUGUAGAGCAGGGCAGAUUAUACAACACAGAUUGACUUCCCAAACCUACUCCUUACCUUUAAGAACAGGAGUGUCAAUUUAAAAAAUAAACAAAAUCUUGCAACUCAUAUUUGUUGAUUGUUGGAAAGCGAGAGAUUUGCAGUGAAAGCACAGUGAGAAACGACCACGUAGAAAGUUUGGUUAAGUACCCUGUUCUUGUCUGCCAUAUAUGAUUGCUUAAGUUUCAAGUGACCUCAUGCCCAAUGGAAAUGGGUUGACAAGUCUUGGUUCAGUGCUUAGUGAACAAUAGCCUGCAUUAAAAAGUGCAUGCAUAAUUUUGCACAAUUUAGGUUUCAAUGGACAGUCUAUUCAAAGAAGUCUCAGGAUUAAAUGAGCAUGGAGACCAAAUUGCCCUCUUACCCCAGAAAAGGGGUGGUCCCUUCUAGUCACACGAACACUUCAUUGGCCCAACAGUGUGACAAAUCUUGCAGUGAACCCUGCCGUAGCCCGCAUCUGUAGGUUAAUAGCAGUCUUUUGUCCCUGUGGCUUUCUCUUCAUAGCCCUUUUACUGAAUUCCAUCACAGAAAGUUUUACAAUUAAAAAAAAAAAAUGUCCUGACAACCAUUUUUGUAAAUGGACCCUACCAUCUCCUCAUCUCUUAUUCAACGUGGGUGACAUUCACAAAAUGUGAGCUUCUUGUGAGGGAGCCAGCUGUCUAAAUCUGUCAAAUCGUGCAGUUUUAUUACACAUUCUCCUGUUCAUAGUUUCACUGAAAACAAUAAGGAUACUGCCGUAUAUUCAGCCAAAUUUAAAAAAAAAAAACAACAGCAUUUUUUCUGACAUCUUGAAUCUUUCCAUCUUUUCCAAAAGAAUCUUUAUAAAAGAAAAGAUGUUCUAUUGUCAUUAGUUCUCCUACUUAAAAAUACCUAGAUUAAAUUGACCAGACCCAGCUUUUUUUUAGAUAGUCCUUUCCCAAGUGAAAGAGUUUCAAAUGACUUAGAAAAACAUAUGUACCCCAGGUAUCAUUGCCUUUUCUACGGGGAAUCGUUAGAAUAAAAGAUCAAAAUUUUCUAAAAAGAAAACAGAUCCACUGACAUUAAACCCCAGCAAAGACAGUCAUUGGAAUCAUUUCUUUCUGUAAUUAGGAAAGAAGUAAAUAGCAAAGAGAGAUUAAUACCUACAGAUUUUAAACUAAGUGAUCAUUUUAAAAAAACUUUUGACCUUUCCUUUCAAGUACAUUUUAAAUAUAUAUGUGACUGAGAAUGAUCUUAAAUAAUUCAUGAUGAGAGGAAAGUAGGAAUCGGUUAAAAAGUAUGAGCUAGGGAAAAAGAAUUGUUUCAUCACAUGAAUGGCAAUAUCUAUUCAGUAAAAAAGCACAUAAUCAAAAUGAAAGAAAAUGUCCUCUGUAUGAAUAUAGAUGUGGGAGAUAAAGAUACAGUAAACAUAAACAUGUAAAUUAUUAUUCCUUUUUUCCAUUCUAGAGCUUAAGCUUUGGGGAUCAAUUUAAUGUAAAAUGCUAUGAUGGUAGUUAUAAAGAGUUGGGGCAAAAUAUUUUCUGCCACUGCUUCUAACAAACUCUUGUUCUGGUUGAUAGAACUUUGUUUUCUUGCUAGUUAUUUGAGGUAAUAAGAAGACAACUGAAUUGACACAUCAUUAAAGUACAAAGAAGGGAAGAUUUAGACUUGAAUAAUGAUAAAAAGGGCUUCCAUCUAUACCUUUCUUUUUGGAAUUUCCCUUCAAUAUGACUAUUGUAAAAUAUACCUUUUAUUUUAUCACAAAGAAUACUCAGAAAUUUUCUCAGAUUAAUGGACUAUCUCAUAAAGAAGAGCAAAGAAACCUACACAUACAACCUAAAUAGAAAGCCAUUCUCCUUUUCAUUUAUAUAUUUAAGAGUAAGCACUUCUCUAUUUAUUUACUUGAAAAUAAUUACAUAAUAACAUACUAACAAUUUUUAACAAUUUUGUAAUAUUGUUUUUAUCUCCAAAUCAUAAACUAAAAAGAAAUCUCCUAGGUUUAGGAUCUUAGGUUAGAUGCUGCAUCUAGGGUCUUUCAAAGUACACAUUAAUUUAAACUGUAUUAGUUUCUUUUAGUUUUGAAACAUGAAAACUAAGCCUAAAUUUUUAAGAGGAAAAAUAAGGUAUAUUAUAGGCAUUUAUAUUUGGCUGCUCAAUAAAUUAAAGUUUCUGAGCAUCUCUGUAGAAUGUUACCUAUGAUAUCUUUCUCUCUCUCUCUUUCUCUCUCUUUUUUCUUCCCCCACCCCAUACAUCCCUUCUCUUGUUAACCUCUCUCUUCUCUGCUUCUAUUGGUUUUGACUAAACAGAGAUGUCCUCAGGACACUAAUGAAGAUCUCCUAGAGCAGGUUGCUAUUGAUUUUGCCAGUUAUGAUCUUUAUUUUCCUGAAAAAUUCCUCUCCUAGUACAUUUGUUCAAACUCUAAAUCAUAAAGAACAGUAGACAAAUUAUGAACAGACUAGACUGACCUAUUGCAAUCAUUGAAAGAAGUGACAGAAAGUGUACAUGACUCCCAGCCUAGAUGUCCCAGCUCAGCUGGGGUUCCAUCUUGGAUGCUAGAAAUAAUGUCCCCAGCCCAACAGUGUGAGUUAACAAUAAGGAAAGUCAGCAGCUAUUUCCUUUUCAAACAACAACCAUCUCUAUGGAUGGUUGAAUAAUCUUAAGUAAGACUAUCCCAAAUCUAUGAGGGAAAAAUUAAAUAGUCCCUCAGUGGAGACUUCAGAAUCUUUUUACCCCACCCUUGGAAUGAAACAUGAACUUGCAGAGAACUCAGACCAAAGUUCCAUGCCUUGAAAAUGUGCCCAUUUCUUUAUUACCUCCAAGAAGUUAGUGGGCCUGUAACUGUGACUAUAGACAACACCUCUAGAAAGUUUCUCAUUAGAAUAUCCUAAAGAAAUAUAUUCUAUCUUACCUUCUUUCUCUUUAUCACACAAACACAAAUUAGUCAUACCUUUUAUAAUUAAUAUGAUGCAGAGAAGGUGAGAAACCUAAUAAUAGAAGCAUUUGAUAUUAAAAAUAUUAAAAACAUGACCAUAAAACCUGCUGGACAUUAAUCCUAACCAGUUGCAACACUUCUUCCUCUUAAUAUCCACUCAUAAGUUUUGAAAAUUGUCUUAAAAUUAACUGUUUUGGGGAGUACAGUGUACUCAGGAGAGCAUGAGAAAGUGUUGUGCCAUUUUCUUCUCAAUCAUAGUGAUUAUUUCCCUAGUGACUAUGAAGAGAUUUACUUAUCAGAUUAGCUCUUUUGAUUCAUUAAAUGUGAACCCAAGAUACACCCAAAAGAAAGAUAUAUUCUUUCUUUUGUAUAGGUCAUCUACAAGUUGAUUGAUAGCAAUAAAAAAUAAUGAUCCCUUGUAUUAACAUAAAGCGUAAGCUUAAAACUUGUCACUGCUUUUAACAACAACAAAAAAAUGAUGUCAGCUCAACAUGAGUUCUAAGGUACAUCUCAUGUAUAUCAGAAAGUCAGACAUUGCAUUUUGGUCAGGAUUUUUUUGCAUAUGUAGAUUUUAUAUUACUUAUACACAAGCAAAUUAAUAUAAAUACUUGGUCAGUUCUUUCAAUUGACUAUAAUCUUUCAAGUUAAAAAUUUUUAACUUAAAAAAAGUUUUAACACAAGAUUAAAAAAAACCAGAACAUUAACAGGGAUGGGAAAUUCAUAAUGGCUAAAAAGAAAAUAAGCUUUGUCUUCACAGUUAGAAAGUAACUCUUGUACACUGCCCUCUGCACUAAAAAAUAACUAGCCAAGAGUUUCCAUUCACAUGAACAAUGUGUGAUCAGAUUUGGUAUAGUCUAUGUCCAAAAGUGUGUUGGGUAUUCUUCACCUUAUAUUCUUAAAAUCAGAAACAUGAUUUUCAUAAAAUAAAUUAGGAGUUUAUGUACAGUAGAACCUAAUACUAUUAACACAUUAAUACAUUCUAUUCAUAAUACUAUUAUUGGGAAAUCAAACUGACAACCUUAUAUCAGGUAUUUCCCACAUCUCAUUCAAUUCAUAGGACAUUUUUGGACUUGCAUUUCACCAAGAACUAUGGAGUAAGAAGAUAAAUGAUACUGAGCUUCUAUGAGACUUUUGGAGUUCAUUCGUUAGGACAUGCUAAAGAAGUCUAUUUAAAAGAAACCCAGCUAAUUAAAAUUUUAAAAAUUUUCAAAUCAUUAUAAUUAAUAAGCAUAAAAGAAAUUGGUAAAGAAACCAUGUCUUUCCUGGCUUUAUCUGUGGUUAAUUUUGUCCAGUUUUAAAGAAUGGUUAACUUUAUCUUUUAACUUUAGCAUGGCUAAAGUGUUCUCAGUUUUGGUUUUCCUAGCAGUUCAUCUUCCUUUAGAUUUUUGACAAUUAGGGCAAUUUGUCUAUAACCUUAAUCACAGAAGAUACUUUGCUUGGAUUUCUGUUAAUAAGAGGCAGAAGACUGUGGGAACAAGUAACAAAAGCAGGUACACAUUUAAGAAAGCAAGUUGAUAUAUGUACUAGAUGUUUUCUAUAAAUGUUCUUUGGAAGAGUAACACGCAAAGUCAUCAGCUUAGAAAAUCCUUCUACAUUUGCAUUAAUUUGACUUACUUUACCAAGUUAUUAUAAUAUUAGUUCUUUUCGAUUGAUCUUCUGUUAUUCAGCCAUCCAUCCAUUCAUUAAUUUAACAAAGAUUUAUUGAAGUGCCCAGCAUGAUUUAUGUACUAUAGAAACGGCAAGGAUGUUUAUAAUGGGAGAUUGUGAGCACAAUGGGUGCGUUUGAAGCAAAAGACGGUAACCGCACCCAACUGCUCUAAUUUAGUUCGUCAAAAUCCAGCAGUAAUAGUACAGAUGGCCUAAAAUACAUCUGUGUGUAUCUGUAUGUGUGCACACACCCAUGUAUAUAUAUUUAUCUAUCUGUACAAACACUACAUAUGUAUACACACUAUCUAUGUAAUAUAUAAUAUAUGUAUAAUGCAUAUAAAUUCUAACAAGUGUAUUUGUGUUAUCUUUAAAAUAGAACAAUUGUAUCUUGAAGUGAUAAAUGCAGAGAACUGGUUUUUAUUGUUGAUCUGUGGAUUUAAUGGUUUUUAGGUGAAAAGGAUGUUUAAGUGUAUAAUUUCUUUUCUUAAUUUAAUAUAUUUAUGUAAAUGCAUGCCCGAGAUUUGCUUAGACUGGCUGUGU